AUGUCCAAUGCGAACGUCAGCACUUUUAACCCCCAGACACGGGCGAGGGAGCACGGCUUCACAAGUAUGCGCGAGGCGAGCGCCGUCACCGUCUUCAAAAGUUGCGAGAGCCUCGCAGAUCAGAUGAGGGACAACCUUCGCUCCCCACGCAGCGGCGUCAGAUACAACUAUCUCACCACGUCUGACGGCACUCAGCAUCUGCACGCUGUCGACAGCAGUCUCGGCCGCCAAGCCUGCAAAAAGCCGUCAAAUCUCAGAAGCUGCGAUUACCUUGACGAGGACCAGAACCGAGCUUUAAGUACGCGGCGCACCAGCAACAACAACUGCCCUUGCGCCCGUCAUGGCGAUGCCAGCUGCUUCGACUCCGACAGCGAUGAAGAAGAACGUCUCAUCAAUCACCAGAUCCGAAUGCUAGAAGCACAGCAAGCAGCGGCAAACAUGUGCAAGUCUGCGAAUCCAGGCCCGGUCGGCCUACUGGGCUUUGGCCUCUCAACGAUCCUGCUGAACCUGCACAACACCGGGAGAUUCCCGCUCUCGACAGUGAUCGUCGCCAUGGGCAUCGCCCUCGGCGGGGGUGCGCAGGUCAUCGCGGGCCUGCUCGAGUGGGUGCGCGGCAACACCUUUGCCCACGUCGCCUUCACGUCGUAUGGCGCCUUCUGGCUGUCUCUCGUGCUCGUCUGGCUGCUGCCCAACACGGCUGCUCGCAACUCGUCGAUUGUGGAGCCGUCGAGCGAGUAUUUCGUAGGCGUAUACCUCGUUCUGUGGGGAAUCUUCUCCUUCUUCAUGCUUAUGUGCACCAUCCGCAUGAACGUCGCCAUCUUUAUCGUGAUCCUCACCGUGACGCUGCUCUUCCUGAUUCUUGGUUUUGCCAGCAUGACGGGCAGCCAGACAGCGCUCCGUGUGGCCGGCUACGAGGGCGUCAUCUGCGGCUCCACCGCCCUCUACCUCGCCUUUGCGGAGAUUCUGAACGAGGUUUGGGACCGCAUAAUCCUGCCGGUGAUCCCGAUGACGCAGCUGCUUGACUGGCUUGGCUCCAAAGAGGAUCGGAGCGUGACAACGUCAACGAAGGAGAAGUAG